AUGGAGAGGUCUCUCGACAGCUACUCCGUCAAGGACGUCACUUACAGCUGCGGGUACUGCGGCUACGCGCUGAACCUGAGCUCCUCGGCGCGGGAUACGGAGGGCAUCGGGUCCAAGUGCCGCAAGCAGAUCAAGAAGGGCGUCGUCGCCUUCGUCGCGGUCGACGAGAGCCGGUUCACGCUCACCGACGAGGUCACCUGUAUGCCCUACUUCCGCUCCACCCGCUCCUGGGGCCUCUUCAGGAGGCGGGCGCGCCUGCUCUGCCGCAAGUGCGACGGACGCAUCGGCAACGCCUACGACGAGGAGGACGCCGCCGCCAGGGACUCCAGCUCCAGCCUGUUCGACGGCGACGGCUCCUCGGAUGACAUGCGCCGGAGCUCCGGCUUGGGCUCGGGCCGCAGCAGCAUCGUGUCCAGCCAGAAGAACUACGUGAUCAAGAUCAGCCCGCUGCAGCCGUCGUCAGAAGAUUCUGCUGCUGUUGUUCCCUUCACACAUCGAUGA